GAUAGGGUGGUAUUGCGACAAAAAAACACCUAUAUAUAGGGGUCGGUUAAUUCAAAAUGUCACACAUAUUCUGAGUGGAGCGCUUGAAGACUAGUUGCUUGAUCAGCCAAAUAGCCAUACACAUUUCCAAAAUGAAGGCCUUUAUUGUUCUCUGCAUGUUUGUUGCUGCUGCUGUAGCGCAGGAAAUCAACCAACCCAUCCCCUACUCCUUCAACUACGCUGCACCCAGUGAGGAUGGCGGCAGCAGCUCCCACCAAGAAUCCGGGGAUGGUUCCGGACGCGUGAGCGGAUCCUACUCCCUCAACAACCUUGAAGGACACAGCAGGACCGUCGAAUACGUUGCUGAUGAAGCCGGAUUCAGGGCCACCGUCAGGACCAACGAACCAGGCACCGCCAACAUCAACCCCGCCGAUGUCGUCAUGGAUUCAUCCGCUGAAGCUGCCCCAGUCUCCUACUCCCUCGGCACAGCUGCAGCCCCUGUCACCAGAGUUGCUCCCGCCGCCCAAGCUGGACGACCUGGAGUCAGAUACGUGUUAGUCCCAGUCACUGACCCCCGUGCCCGAGGAUACUACUAAAUGCCCAACCCUAAGUCAUUCUCUGAAACUUGGAAAUUCGAUAUAGAUUGCCCAUCAAAAUAUUUUGCCAUGGAUUUUGAAUUAUGAUACGUUUAAGUUAAUAAAUAGUUUUAUAUUUUUAUA